AGUACCAUCUUGGCAACUGUAAACAACAACAAUAAUUUCUGAAUUAAAGUAGACUUUACUUUUACGUUUAAGUAGAUAACAUAAUUUUAAAUAAUGCUGUGUGAUGAUAAUAGAAUAUAAUGGAGAAAAAUACGACUUUAAAUAAAGUGUUAGAGGGACAUUCACCAGUAAAUAAAUAUGAUCUUAUGGCCGUAGAGUGGAGUGGGACCAGAUUAACAGAAGAACGAAUGAUUCUAGCUUUCCAGGCAUUUGAUGAAUUGAUUCCACAGCUUGGAAUAUAUUCCAGAAUUUUAUCUAAACUCAGAAAUGACUUCUUGGAGGCAAUAUACAGUGAUGAUUUGACUGGAGAAUCAUUCAGAGAAAAUGGCGAAUUAAAAGAAUUCAUACAGCGUCUUCCAUAUUUUUCUUUGUUUCAAAAAAGAGAAACAAAGCAAGAUGAAGUUCUAAAAGAAGUGAAAGAACAACUUGAGACUGUCAAAGAAAGGCUUUUCAAUAAACAUACACAGUUGGAAGAAAGUCAAAAGAAAUUAGAAGAAUUACAAGAAGAUGUUGAAAACCUGAAACAACAAGUUGAAACCUUAGAUCAAUCAAUUACUGAAAAAAAUCUUCAAUUUGAAAGUCUACAGAAUGAAAAAGAUAGAGAAGAGGUGAAAGCUAAAGAUAAACAGCAUCAACUAGAAUGUGAUGUUACAGAACUACAGAUUUCACUUGAUGAUGCUAAAUCUGAAAUAAAUUUUUUAACAACAUUUAAGAAAGGAUAUGAUAAAUUACAAAAUGCAUUCCUAGAUCAAGAUCACAGAAGCGAUCUCUUCAUAAAACAAAUGUCAGUAGAAUCAACAAGAUAUAGUAAUUUAGUCAGUGAUAUUGAAGCUGGUCAGAAAUUGGAGAAUCAGAUGCUAUCAGUUAUGAAUAUUGCAAUAGAAGAGUUUGAGAAGUUUUUAGAGGAACAUAAAAGUGACUUAGAAAAGAAAACAAUAGAACAUGAUAUGACAGAUGCAGAACUAGAGCUACAGGAUAUGGAAAUAGAUGAUGCUGAUCAAGAGCUUCAGUUAGUUGAAGAAAGAUUUAAUAAUACCGUAAAUGAAAUGGGAACAGAACUAGAAUUAUUAAAACAACAUAGAGCUAUGUUACUAGAACAACUACAGAAACUAGAAGAUAGUAAAACACCUCAGUUAAAUGAGAAAUCUAAAACCAGUACACCAUCCAACAGACCAGCGGAUUCUAGAUUGGCUGCAGGUUUAAUGGACGAUGAAACUGAGGAGGUGAUGGAUGAUCCUUUUAUUCCACAGGAACGGGUUUUCAGUAAAUAUGCUGCCAUGUUGUACACAUCUAAUAACAUGGGAAAAUCUUUUGAAGAAUUUAAAGAUGCUAAAUAUUGUCAGAGUUGUGGAGAGAAGACAAUAAUUUGUCCACAUAAAUUGAGUGGAUCAGAAAAAAUUUACAUUCUACCCAUUAAUUGCUCUCAUCUGAAAAUAACUCGACCAAAAGUUCGAAUCAACAAAGAAUUUGCCAGGAAAUUUGGCAAACCAGCAUCAGCCGUAAAGGUAGGAUCUGCUAUAAAGGAAAGGGGGUAUGAUGAUGAUGAUGAUGAUGAUGAUGAUGAUGAGGGUGAUGACAGUAUUUUAAGUGAUGAUUCUGAUUUAUUGAGUGAAACUGAUGGACCAUUGUCACAUUUAUCUGGUCAUUCACUAUCACUGGGUGGAGCAGAAUUAUAUAUGACACACACAGCUCAAGAUUUAUUUGAUGACUUUACAGCCCGCACAGAUUUAGAGAGAAUAAUACCCAGAAAAUUAACACUGGAACGAACCGUAUCUAUUAUAGAACAGUUUUUAGCGUAUCUUUUGUGGCAGGAUGAAUAUGGUGAUGAUGAUCAGUAUUUUUCUAUUUUGGAUACACUGUAUCAAUUUAUGGAAGAAAGAUAUCUUGUAUCAGAUAUUAAAUAUAUGGCAACCUAUGAUUUUCUGUCAUCUGUGGUAGAAUAUUCUACAAUUAGUAAGAUGCUACAGUUAGUAGGUCAUGUAUUAUGUGGAAACCUAGAUGCAUCAUGUUUACGAUAUAUUCUGUUGUUGAAUGAUUUUAUACAUACCAUAGAUUGGCUACAUGUCGAUGAUUUCAGAACUUUUAUAUCAAUCAUCUAUCCUUUCCUAGGGGAAGAUGAGUUUGAGAAUCUACAGAUGAGUUAUACCUCAUUCAGUGAGAAUCAUAUAUCAUCGAAACUAGUUACAGACUUCAUGAUACAUCUUAUACUUAAAUAUAGAGAACCAAGAUUCUUAGAGAAUGAAAAUCAGCUGGUACCAUAUCAGACUCAAUCUACAAGUCAGUUAUCAGAGAAGGAAUUUAAGGAGGCUGUAGAUAAUAUUGUUCCAGUGUGUAAUGAGAAAUUAAGAAAAAGACUUUAUUUUGAGGCUGAAAAGGCAGUUGCUGUGGAUGAUGUAGAAAAUGCUGUUUCUAUAAUGAGGCUAGCUCAGAUCUGUACAUAUCUAGCCCUCUCUCAAACAACACAUGUUAUUAAAGAGACUAUGAUGAGUAAAAUACUGGAAUCUAGACGGCCAUCUAGUACUAUUUCUAGUAUUGGUGGUACAAGUAAAGGAUUAGACACAGUUAUACAGACUAAGAUAGAAAAGCCAUUAACACUUACUAGUAUUAAGUUACUGGGUACACUUGUUAACAGGAGAAAUAAACAGCGAAAGAAAAGGUUACAAUCACAAGAAGAUAGCAUGGAGUUAAAUAUAUAAUCUUUCAUAUAUUUAUAAUAAAAAAGACUGUGAUAAAUAAAUUAUUAUAUUAAUAUAGUA